ACAGGAACGCACUGUGCGUCGGGCUGGCGAGCGAAGGAAAGUCGCUCUUGACAUUUGUUAUCGGUUCGAGCUCUGCCAGGAGAAGGCGGGACUCUGCGGCGACUGUCUGCUGUUCAUCUGCUCCGGUUCAACCUCAAGAUGCCAGCAGGAACCUUAGAGAGAACAUCUCCAGCGGCGGUGGCUGCCACCCCGGCCAGUGGACACUCCACGCCUGAAAAGCCUCGGACCCUGACAGAGAGCAGGAAGUCCUCCAAACCAAUUAUGGAGAAACGCAGGCGUGCGCGCAUCAAUGAGAGUUUGGGUCAGCUGAAGACCCUCAUCCUGGACGCACUGAAGAAAGAUACCUCCAGACACUCCAAACUGGAGAAGGCAGACAUCCUGGAGAUGACUGUGAAGCACCUCAGGAACCUGCAGCGCCUUCAGAUGACUGCUGCAGUGAACACAGACCCGUCCGUCCUGGGUAAAUACAGAGCCGGCUUCAGCGAGUGUGUAGGAGAAGUCACCCGUUUCCUCUCCACGUGUGAAGGUGUGGACGCCGAGGUGAGGACUCGCCUCCUCAGCCACCUGGCGGCCUGCGUCACCCAGAUCAACGCUGUCAACUUCUACGGACCUCAUCUGGGCGCUUUAGGACUCGGACAGACCAGCACCCAGGGCCCAGCUCCCUCACCCCCGCAGAUGCCCUGCAGAAGCGCCUCCCCCGUGCACAUCCCCCCCGAGGCGAUGAAACUCUACGGUGGCUUCCAGGUCCUUCCGACGCCAAACGGACAGUUCGCUUUUCUGGUUCCCAGUGCAGCUCUGGCUCCUCUGACGGCUCAACACCACGUGUCACCUGUCGCACCUGCCGUCACCUCAGACUCUGUGUGGAGGCCGUGGUAGGAGCUCCGACUGUGAGGGGAAAAAAAGGACUAUCACACAUUAAAACAUAUUUUUGUACAUUUUGUAAAUGUUUUUCAGAAUCUACUGGAUGUUUAGACACGUUUGUGUUUUUUUUAUAAGGACUUUAUAAGAGAUAUUUUUGGCCUCUUUGCUUGCUGUGAUUUCCUGUUUUUGAUACAGCACAGUUCAUUUGCCUCCAUGGGUCUAGAAAGUCUCUGAAAAGCUCUUGAGAUGCACUGUAUUUUCUAAGAUGAAUAAAAUGUUUUUAUGGUGUUUACAACAAAA